AUGCAGUCUUUUGGGUGUGUAGCUGACAAUUGCACGUGCCCUUGGGGUUACUAUGGUGAUAAAUGUACACAAAUAGCUACAGAUUGUCGGGAUUAUAAAGAGAAAGGAUAUACAAGGUUGAGAAGAGUUUUAACAACAAUUCAUCCCGUUAAUUCAACCAGACCGUUUGAAGUUUCUUGUUACCUGAAUUUAGUGGGGAGUAUGGUCAUAUUUGAACGAGAUAGUAGUUGUUCCAUGCAAAACUUUAACCGCAGUUUACACGAUUAUGAGAUUGGAUUCGGAAAUGUUCCGUGGAAUGGAUGGCUUGGAUUUGAUAAGAUAUUCCAAACGUCCAAACCAACAAUGGCUUUACACGUAAUUCUGAAAUAUGCUUCAGGUUUAUCUUGUGAAGUUAAGUACAGAUAUUUUUCUAUCGGUAAUAAAUCAAGCCAGUACACGUUUCAUGCUGACAGAAUUCAAACUAACACUAUCGACUUCUGUGGCGAUUCUAUCAUGGGUGGUAAUGGUACGCUAGAAUUAACCGGUCGUCCUUUUUCAACGUUUGACAGUGAUUUGACGGGAGUUAAUUGUCCCGCGAUUCUAGGCGGAGGAUGGUGGUUCGCUAAUAGUAGCAAUUGCUCUGAUAGUUUUGUAACGGGGAGCGAAAUGAAGGAUAAUUUCUGGCGAAAUUUGUUACAAGAUCAAUAUAUCUCUAAGGUGGUAUUUAAAAUCUCUUAUUAUUGA